AUGGAGAGAAAAAAAGAGAUCUCGUCAACGGGACAAAUAACUCGUGUCGAUGUUAAGUUUGCUUAUUUAACAAAUGAUAAAUGUGGCUGUGUGUUCGUUCCACCUUGUUCGGCUCUCCCAAAAAAUUGUCUUAGUCCAAAUUUAACUCUUUUUUAUAAAGCUGGUGACAUCGUUCAUUUCACAGCCGUACCACAACAAGACAAGAACGAAUGCCAGUGGCUAGCUACGAAGGUAACACCAUCAGCGAACAACGACAUGUAUCAGGCGCCAUGUCAUGAGGUCAACAAUCUCCAGCAGGUUGUUACAAUCACAUUAGUAACUGAAACGUAUGCAUAUGCUAUCAAUGAUGAACUGGGUAUGGUUUUCAUUCCUGGUGCGGCUUUUCAACAAACCGAAGUAGCAAAAUUGGAUAGUUAUUUGGCUAAUGGUGAUAGCGUCAUAGUUCGCAUUCGUUCACAAGCUCCUAGAUGUGGUUGCAACUGGAUUGCAGAAUAUGCCAGCAAAAUCACCGGUUUAAAUGCUGCUGCAUCUUCUGCGCUGCAUGUUAGUGGUAAUGAAAGUUCCUGUGAUUAUAUAAAACGAGGUAAAGGAAUAAUUGUAUGGGCAGAUCAUUUAAUGGCUUGUGUUAAGAACGAUUGCAAUGAAGAAGUAAUAUGUCCAAUUCUAACUUGGAUGGGAGGCAACAACGGCAACUUGUUUGCCGAAAGUUUAUGUGAUGUGGUUGAAGUUGGACAAACGGUGUUUUAUGAAGCACUGUUUAGUAAUGUUGGACUGAGGGCAAAAUGGUGGUCUACAAAAUCUCCAAAAAAAAAUUUUGCGGAUUCCUAUACCCAAACAGCGCUCACCGUGGAGCAGAUGAUUAUUCGAUCUAUAGAACCUGAUAUCCUCCAACAUUUGCAAAAGAAAAUUCCGAAUAUAAUUGAGCUUGCUAAAAAUUUGUGA